GUUUAAACCGGGAUAUUCCCUAAUUCACAUCUCGUGGUCUGUUUUAAGAUAUGGAUUAUUGGUCACCUUGUACACUACAGACGCGACAUAAACGAGAAAAACAAACCGACAAAUCAAUUGUUGGUCGAACUUAGUCUUUAGGGGAAUGAAAAUAUUGGAGGACAUCUGAAGGACAUCGAACAUCCGGUAGUGACCUUGAACCGGCCCGUUUAAAUCAACAUGGGUGACCGAUACAAUAUCCACUCUCAGUUGGAGCAUCUUCAAUCGAAAUAUAUGGGAACGGGUCACGCGGACACGACCAAAUUCGAAUGGGCCACCAAUCAGCACCGGGACAGCCACGCCUCUUAUCUGGGUCACUUUGACCUGACCAAUUACUUUGCCGUGGCCGAAAACGAAUCCAAGGCCCGCGUCCGAUUCAAUCUAAUGGAAAAGAUGAUCCAACCUUGCGGACCACCGCCCGAAAAACGGGCCGAGGAUUAGGUCCCACCGUAGCACUGACCACUGGGCCAACUAUCAAUUAUUCAAGGGUUCAAUAAAUUGUUCAAACGGUCUGGCUUAAGAGUAAA